GAGGUCCUGGACAGAAUAAAACCAUUAACUGCUGAGGAAAAGGCUCAAGCACUUGAUAAAGCAACAACUAAUUUUAAAUCUAAAAAAUCCAUUCUUUAUGAUUGCAAUGCAGCCAUCAUAUGUUCAUCCUGCAUAUAAACUGACUAUACCAGCAAGCUUUGCCAAGAAAUAUUUUGAGAAGAAACGCGAUAAUGCCUUACUACGUACUGUGGAUGGCAAGACCUGGUCUGUUGUGUACAAUUAUGAUUUGAGCAAUGGAAAGGUAACAGCCCAAAUUGGUCAUGGCUGGAAAGAAUUUGCACAUGAAAAUCAUUUAAAAGUUGGUGAUGUUUGUGUAUUUGAACUGAUAAACUUGAAAGAGGAAAAAUACUCUAACAGGAAGUCGAUGCAAAGGCAUUCAUGUUCAAAGGUUCCUGAAGCUGUUGUAGCAGCCAACAAAGUUACCUCUUUGAAUCCUUUCUUCAAAGUAAAUAUUCGAUCAAGCCAUGUGGAGCAUGGCUCUUUGACUGUACCUGUGGAAUUCGUCUGGAUGUAUGCCAAGAAGAGCAUUGAAAAUGUAACAUUACAAGUUGCAAGUAGACAGUGGACUGUGAAAUUACUAAUCUACCGGUCUCCUCAUCAAGGUUGCUUUUCUGCAGGAUGGUCGUCAUUUGCAAAGGAAAAUUCUAUACAAGUAGGGGAUGCUUGCAUCUUUGAGUUCGUUAACAGUGAAACCAUGUUGCUAAAAGUCUCUAUUCUCAGAAAUGUUAAGUAACAUUCCGUGUCGGAAAUGAAACAUUCCGGAGGAAUUCUUAGAUAAAUUUGGUCUAUGAAACUAUAAAUUAAAUUAAAUAUUGAUAAU